AUGGAUCUCAUCGAUUUCGGCAACCACAGGGACCCCAUCCCCAAAGCCCCAUGCACAGGAGACGCCAUCCCGACAAACCCACCUACAGGCGACACCAUGGCCGACAACCCCUCCACCGCCGACACCGACGACGCCGCCAUCCACCUACCCCUUCGCCCCGUCACCCCGCGCAAUACCCACAUUCCCGUCUAUACCCCCACGACCUUCGACUUCUCCACCCUCCCCUCUAACUCCCGUGUCCGCAUCUUCCGCCUCCGCCCCUCAAUCUCCCACUUCUGGGCCCACCUCACCCCCGCCUCCGCCUUCCCCCAGCAAUACCUGCCCGACCUGGACUCCCACAACUGGGGACCCGACCUCCUCGACGCCAUCAACAACCUCGCGCGCCUCUCGCGUUUAGAGUACAAGACUCAGGCUGUCUGGUAUGUUGUUUUUCAUCUCAAGUAG